GAUGGUCUUCGCGGUUAACUUCCGAUUCUCAUAAAUUCCAACCAUGGACCCGGCGGCGCGACUUGCCGUGAAUUUGAACGUCCUUCGGCGGCACGACUCGAAUAUAGUGGCCAUCCUCGACAGUUCUAGUCAUGUUGUUGUGUACGAUUUUGACCAGCAGAGCUCAAGUUGGACUAAGAAAGGAAUUGAAGGCACAAUGUUUGUCUUUCAACGAUCGGUGGAGCCUUUUUACGGCCUUUUUGUGAUGAACCGCUUGGGUAUCGAGAACUUGAUGGUUCUUCUCAGCGCAGAUAUGGAGGUUCAGCUUAUGCAGGAAUUCGUUAUAUAUCGAAAGCCUGACGAUAGUGGCGAUAGUGUUCAAGGUCUUUGGAUGUACGAGACAGCAGACCGGACAAGGUUGUACACAACACUCCUGAAAUACCAAUCUGCGAUCGCUGGGGCUCCACCAAUUUCCAGUGCACAGCCGCAGCAGGCAUAUGGACAGCCAGUGGACAUCAUGGCAAUGUUUCAGCGGGCGAAAAUCGUUGGACCCGGAGAUGCCACACCGCACGGAUCAUUACCACAUCAGUCGUUGUCGCAACGCGACCUUGCUAUUCCGCAGGUUACGGCGCCCCCAAUUACUCCUCAGCAGCGUCAGAUUCAGCGCUUGAAUGAUAUCUGGCAGUGGAUCGAAGACCUCCCGCCGUUGCCGGGCAAAGGAAGUCUUUCUGACUUGGAAUUUCAACGAAGGAUUGCGAGAUUGUGUCAGGACCAAGUAUUUUUGGAUGCAAUGUAUCGAAGUUAUCGAUGGGAGCGACCAACAUGACCAUUGAGGAGUCUUGUAUUUCCAUAGGCGUAGAACCUAUUUAAUAUAGGCUUCAUCGACGACUGAAGAUUUGAGCCA